AUGGAAGCGCAUCUCGAGUCGCCCCUCCUCGACACAGCGUCCACUUUCGAUAGCCAGCCUGUCAGCUUGCGGCAGACAUUCAGUUUCAAAGUGCUCAAGAGCCUCUUUCGGAGUCGUCGCAUGCGACGAGAUCAAACAACUCGACAGGUCUUGCAGUGGCUCUCCGAAUCCUCCCCAAAGGACCCAGUCAGGUCCAGACGCUACAUGAUAAACUCAUAUGAUAGCGUAUUUGGUCAUGAAAAGGCCAGUCGACAGAGGGCUAGCGGCUCGAGUGGCUCGGAAUCCACUUCGAGCUUUGAGCCCCAGUCACCUCCACUCACUCUCGAAGAGGCCAUAUUUGAGCGCGAUAUGUUGGUAACCGUCUCGGAUAUGCGCCAUUUGCAAUCACGAUCCAGAAGGAUACGCGUCAAUACACUUCAAUACUAG